CAAAACCUUCCAGGCAUCCGUAGUUCGCUGACGUCAGCAUCAAACAUGGAGGCUUUCCCCGAAUGAAUGAACGAAAUGCAAAAACACAACAAACGUUUUUUUGCGAAAACACGAACAGACUGUAAAUGUAAACGUGUCGGUCUCCACGUUGCGAGCCGUCGCGCAUCACCGAAGCUGUUAUCCGGUCGGUGAAGCAUGUCGGAGCGGAGGACGCAAGCUGCCGACUUCACUGAACACUGGAGGACUGUUUCCAAACUCUGUCGCAACAAAACACGAGACAACAAAACGGGAAAGCAGGCGUGUGACACAACAACAACAUCGGUCAUGUGCAAAGAUUUGCAGAGCCCUCAGCGCCGAGGCUGCAGCAGAUACCCUGGUUUGAAUAAUGGUGAUUCUCCAGGUGAUGUGGAAGCUUCACAAGACAUUUUCUGGGAUCCUACAUCUCCCACUCAAGGGACCGCAGGGCACAGGAACACCAAAGUUGUGGAAAUAGCAGAUAUUGUCAACCGCAUUGCUCCAAAGGAUGUGAAGCCGAAAGGGACUGAAUCCCCUCUGCUGCAGUGGAUCGGUGACAGUGCCGUCCCGUGCACACCAGAGAUUCCAAAGCCGAGAGUCAGGAAGAAGUCCUCUCGGCAGAGCAACGUGGAAGACCUCAUGAAACUGGCCAGGCAGUUCGAUGAGAACAUGCAGCAAGACAAAGAGACUUCCGAACAGCUGAACACUGUUAACAAUAAUCUCAGUGAAUACGUGACCAGUUCCAACACAAAACUGACAGAGACAUCAUUCCCGAGCAAGGUGAAGAACCUAACAUGUCCGUCCUCCUCGGAUCAGGUGGAGGCAGAGCUGCACGCGCUGUUUGACAGCUCCACUCAAAGAAUCAGCGGCCGGCUAAGCCAGGGCUCCUCAACGUCAGCCUGUUCGCAGGAAAUAAAAGGCCAGCCUGUGACUUUAACUGUAGCUGAACCCCGACGAUUAGAGGUCAAGUCAGCUGACAAGUCUGGCUCAGCUGCACAUCCUGCUGAAGGAUCUUGUGGUUUUAGCGCGAGCAAUUGUGAUGACUUUGAUGACGACUGGGAGAAUGACGACCUACUUAAUGACUCUUUUGUGCUGGCAAUGACCCAGAAUCCUGACCAGCAACAGCACACCAACACUACACAGUGCACCUCCGUUUGCAAGCCAACUGCAAGUAUAAACUCUUCACAUCAAGUUUCAAACCUGCACUCCAAGCCAAGCUACAGUGGCCUCCAGGAAUUGUGUCCCAAACCAAAGACUACCAACCGAAGCACUUUCAAGUUAGAGCCCAACCCUCACUUCCAGCCUAAGACUGCUGCCAAAGAGGUCUCCAAGUCCAACUUCACUGUUAUACAACCUAAAUCACAGAUGUCUGAGCAAAAAUCUGCUACCACAAAAACACUGCCUACCCCUCAACCUGACAAAAUGACUAAUGAUCAGAGGGGGGCUUGUGUUGCUGCAGACUCUGUAAAACACAUUUCAGACAGCUUAUGGGAUGAUGGGGACGAUGACGCGCUGCUCUACCAGGUAUGUGACAGCAUGGAGAGGAUCUCCAACAGUCAGCCAUUGCAAGUGAGCCCAGACACCUGCCAAGAAAAACAAGAUAUUGCUGUAGACAGACAGCGGAAAACCACUGUGCCUUUGCCAAUUGACACGGCCUGGUCCACGAGCGCCGGUGCCAGUGCUAACAGACAGUCACCUUGCACUUUUGUUCGUUCUAACUCAUUACCAGGGACUAGCUGUGAAACCGUGAACUACCAAGGAUGGAACGUUCCCAUGAAAGGUGCCAACAGCAAAUCGCGGAUGUCUCAGAGUCUCCCAGGAAGCCGCGUGAGUCUAGGCACAUUUAGCAUGUGUAGGGAUUCCUCUGGAACUUUCCAGGCUGUGAACGCUCAUGCGGAUGUGAAGCCUCAUACGGUGACAGCCAAGACACCACAGAACUCCAAGUCCCAUCACACGGCCUUCAAGAGAACUGUAUCUGACUCAGCAGUUAUAAGGAGCAAAGUUUUUGUCACAAGCCAGAUGACGGGGAAAUGCUCUGCAGCCGAGAUUGAGAGGAAGAAACAGGAAGCCUUAGCCAGGAGGCGAAUGCGAAUGCAGAACACACCAAAACCAUAAAGGAGCUCCACCCUCACUGAAGAAAUAUUAUCAUAUCUUAAUUAACCGUGACAAAACUCAUUAUUCCAUAACAGUAGUUCAGUCACCUCUUUGUCAAGGCUGUUUGUGUUAAUAGAUAAUAACUGUUUGUGUUACUCGCAAAUUGUCCAAGUUUUGGAUGAUUUGUCUGACGCUCUGCACAGAAAAGAUAAGUUUAUUCUUAUUAGAGCUGCUGAACGUUUUUGCUGCUGCUAAUGUAGAAACAUAUUUACAAGAAGCAAGUUUUUUUUUUUUGCAUUGUUUGAUCCAAGUCUCAGAUCGCAACGCUGGGAUUAACAUUAAAAAGAGAUUCACCUUUCACAUUUUGAUUUUGAUAAACGAUUUACAUCUGCUGAGUUUGAAGUGAUUCCAAAUGCUGACCGAUUCUGGUAACAUGUUUCUGCUGUUUUCCAGCAUCGUCAUUUCAGCUCUCUGCACACAUUUUGGCUUUUUCUGCAACAUGUUACAGGCUUUUGUUUAAAUUUAAGUAACUCAAUUUCAGUGUUACUUCUUAAAAAAAAAUGACUGACAGACAAUAAAUCACAGUGUAUUGUUGAUUUGUAUGUUUUGGUCUUAAUUUCAUUUCAUUUACUUAUUUAUAAGGACAACACACAUUCAAUCAACAUUUAUGUAAAUGUGCCAGCUGGUUCAUUUUCAACUGCAGUCCUUGUUUUUGGCGACAUGUUUUGAAACCUAUAAAGUGAUAAAAUUUUACAGAAUGAAGACAACAAGACACCACAAAGAUAGCAACAAUAUCAAAACAAGAAUUUUGCAGAGCAACAGGAAACAGUCAAACAUCAAUACAGUAAUACAGCAACAAAAAACACCACGUAUAGCCAUGCAUUCAAAACGAAGCAACAAAACACAUGUUGACCUUGAGAAAAUGUCAAAAGAUGUAGUUACAGGUUAGUAAAAUGGUAAUAUGAGUGUUACAGAGUUGUAAGACGCAACUAUAGGAGAACAUACCAGAUUGUUAAUGAAAUACUAGUCUAUAUUCCAGACAUACCCAAACCAUGCAAAGCCGUCCACCUGGCAACGGGCAAAGGACACAAGUUAGCAGCAGGGUAGCCAGUAAUAACUAUGAUAUGAGAAAAUGAGCAAUCUACUAUGUAGGUUAAAAAUGUUCACGCCUGUCUCAGCAGAAACUGAUGUCUACAGUUUGCAGUGAACGCUGGCAAUAAGUACUGUAUUAUAUACUGUAUGUGUUUGGUAAGACUGAUGAUGUGUCUGCAAAUUCUUAUUGAUGCGUACUUACAAUACAUGGAAAUUUUCAUACCUUUGUAAUCAGAAGAGUACUGUUUUAGUAGAAGUUGAUUGAGACACUACUGUAACCAAAUCUAAAACUUUUGUUUGGGGCCAAACUACAAAUUUAAACGAGAAAAUGUCAUGUGUCUGCCAUCAUUCAGUAGAUUUUGUUGUGCAGUUUUUGUUCGUAUUUCUUGUUCUGUUAUGUUUUGUUUUCCUUCACACUUUGUGCGUUUCACAUUUUUUUUAUCCUUUCACUUUUGCACAGGUCAGAAUCAAGUGAUAUCAAGACAGUGUUAUGGAAGAAAUGUGAAACCAAUAACUAAAAACACAACAUGUUUCUUCUAUUCACACAAGGUGAAGCUGGAAUGAGGAAGUUUCCCUCAUGUGACAAUCAGAUAAGAAAUUUUAUGGAAAUCCUUGGUGUUUCUACCUCGGUGCCUUACUAUGUCAUAAUAAAUCUGACUCAUGAUGGACUUGUACACUUUCUCCUAUUUUACCUUUCAUGAUGUUUGUACCUGGUAUAAACAAAUAAAGAAAUACCUUAAUGUUUUGUA